AUGUUCACUUGCUUGCAUUUGCCGAAUUCUAGUAGCAAUAUUGAAAGCAAAUUUAAAAAAAGAAACCCAACGCCUUUUAUAUCUAUCUAUCUAUCUAUCAAUCUAUCUAUCUAUCUAUCUAUUUCUUCUUAUCUAUUUUGUUCCUAUCUAUCUAUUUUAUCUAUCUAUUUCUUCUUAUCUAUUUUGUUCCUAUCUAUCUAUCUAUCUAUCUAUCUAUCUAUCUAUCUAUCUAUCUAUCUAAAUUUGUUCAAGUCUAGCUAUCUAGCGACCUACCUAGGUAUCCAGCUAAGUAGCUAUGAAUCUCGGUUUAUUCAUAUCUAUCUAUCUAUCUAUCUAUCUAUCUAUCUAUCUAUCUAUCUAUCUAUCUAUCUCAGUUGUUUUAUAUCUAUCUAUCUAUCUAUCUAUCUAUCUAUCUAUCUAUCUAUCUAUCUAUCUAUCUAUCUAUCUCAGUUGUUUUGUAUCUCGUUCUAUCUAUCUAUCUAUCUAUCUAUCUAUCUAUCUUCUAUUUCUAUCUUUCCAAAUAUCUUCACACUUCUAUCUUUUCAUUCAUCUUUCUAUCAGGCACAUCCGUCGACUUUCUUUCUCUCCUCUUUUUAA